GGGCGCGGCCGUCCCGUGCCGCCCGGCCAAGCCCGAGAGUCCCGCGGUCAUGGUCUGUGCGGUGGCGCGGGGCGCCUGAGCCCGGGACUCGAGCUCCGGAGGCGGCCGGCGUGGGCGCUCCCCAGAGGCCGACGGAAGGUAGGCGAGGCCGGCGGGGCUGGACCACGGGUCUGGCGUGUGAGCUCUGCGACCCGCGAGGGGACAGGUGGAGUGGGGACGCCGCUCGGGUUGCUAGGAACCUGGGCUGGCCCGCCCUCCUGCCACACCUCCGCCUCCCAGACCUGCGGCGCCGGGAGUGAAAGCUGCCACUGUGCCUCGCUCCAGCAGCGGGCAGGAGCCGGAGCGAGCAGAAAGGGUUCUUGUUCUGUGGGUCGAGGCCACCCAGGCAGCCCCGAGAUCCAGAAGCUGAAGGGGAAGCCUGCGUGGGGAGCCCCUGGGUGUCGAUCUGAACCUCUUGGGAGUGCAGAGCUGCUUGGAGUCCUGAAAGUGGAGAUUUUAGAAGGUGAGCGCUGUGGGCUAUGGGAUGGAUGAGGUGGAGGAGGAUCAGCAUGAAGCCCGACUCAAGGAGCUGUUUGACAGUUUUGACACCCUGGGAACUGGGUCUCUGGGUCAAGAGGAGCUCACUGACCUCUGCCACGUGCUGUGCUUGGAGGAUGUGGGCCCGGUGCUGCAACAGACGCUACUCCAGGACAACCUCUUGGGCAGGGUACAUUUUGACCAAUUUAAAGAAGCAUUAAUACUUAUCUUGUCUAGAACUCUAUCCAGUGAGGAGCACUUUGAGGAGUCAGACUGUUCCCCAGAAGCUCAGCCCAAAUAUGUUAGAGGUGGGAAGCGUUAUGGACGAAGAUCACUGCCCGAGUUUCAAGAGUCUGGGGAAGAGAUCGAGGAGGUGACAGUGCUUGAGCCACUAGAGGAAGAAGCGAGGUCAUCACCCAUCCCAGCUGGGGACUGCAGUGAGCACUGGAAGACACAACGCAGUGAGGAGUAUGAGGCGGAAGGCCAGCUAAGAUUUUGGAACCCAGAUGACCUGAAUGCUUCGCAUGGUGGGUCUUGCCCUCCUCCAGACUGGAUAGAAGAGAAACUGCAAGAGGUUUGUGAAGAUCUGGGGAUCACUCGAGAUGGUCACCUGAACCGGAAGAAGCUGGUUUCCAUCUGCGAACAGUAUGGAUUACAGAAUGUGGAUGGAGCGAUGCUGGAAGAGGUGUUUCUCAGCCUUGAUCCCGAUGGAACAAUGAGUGUGGAAGACUUUUUCUAUGGUCUGUUUAAGACUGGAAAAUCCCUCACACCAUCAGCAUCUACUCCCUAUAGACAACUGAAACGGCAUCUCUCUAUGCAGUCUUUCGAUGAGAGUGGACGGCGGACCACAACCUCGUCAGCAAUGACGAGUACCAUUGGCUUCCGGGUCUUCUCCUGCUUGGAUGACGGGAUGGGCCAGGCGUCUGUGGAGAGGAUACUGGACACCUGGCAGGAAGAAGGCAUUGAGAACAGUCAGGAGAUUCUGAAGGCCCUGGAUUUCAGCCUGGAUGGAAACAUCAACCUGACAGAGCUGACGCUGGCUCUUGAGAAUGAACUUUUGGUCACCAAGAAUGGCAUUCACCAGGCAGCACUAGCUAGCUUCAAGGCUGAGAUCCGGCACUUGUUAGAACGAGUUGACCAAGUAGUCAGAGAAAAGGAGAAGCUACGGUCGGACCUGGACAAAGCAGAAAAGCUGAAGUCUCUCAUGGCUUCCGAGGUGGACGAUCACCACGCAGCCAUUGAGCGGAGGAAUGAAUACAACCUCAGGAAACUGGAUGAAGAAUACAAGGAUCGCAUAGCAGCCUUAAAGAAUGAACUCCGCCAAGAGAGGGAACAGAUCUUGCAGCAAGUGGGCAAGCAGCGGGUGGAGCUGGAACAGGAAAUUCAAAAGGCCAAGACGGAAGAGAAUUUCAUCCGGGACCGCCUUGCCCUCUCCCUGAAGGAAAACAAUCGCCUGGAGAAUGAGCUUCUGGAAAACACGGAGAAGUUGGCGGAGUACGAGAGCCUGACGCAGAAGCUCCAGCGCAGUUUGGAAAAUGUGUUAGCAGAAAAGUUUGGUGACCUCGAUCCCAGCAGUGCUGAGUUCUUUCUUCAAGAGGAGAGGCUGGCGCAGAUGAGAAAUGAAUAUGAGCAACAGUGCAGGCUAUUACAAGACCAAGUGGAUGAGCUCCAGUCUGAACUAGAAGAAUACCAGGCACAAGGCAGGGUGCUCAGACUCCCCUUGAAGAACUCGCUGUCAGAAGAACUCGACGGUCACAGUGGUGGUAUUGAGCCCGACCAAGGGCCUGGAUCUGAAGAGUGCAACCCCCUGAAUAUGAGCAUUGAGGCAGAGCUGGUCAUCGAGCAGAUGAAGGAGCAGCACCACCGGGACCUGUGUCACCUGAGACUGGAGCUGGAAGACAAAGUGCUCCACUACGAAAAACAGCUGGAUGAUACCAGGGUCGCCUCUGAACAGGAGCAGGCGGCCAUGAAGCAGAAGUAUGAGCAGGGAGUGCACACCUUGGAGAAGCGAGUCAGCGAGCUUCAGAGUGAGAUUGCAGACCUGGAAGGGCAGGCGGCCGUGCUGAAGGAGGCUCACCACAAGGCCAACUGCAGGCAUGAGGAGGAGAAGAGACAACUGCAAAUGGCAUUCGAUGAGGAAAAGGCUCAGCUCCAGGAGGAGCUGCGGCAGGAGCAUGAGAGGGAGCUCAAGGCCAGGCUGCAGCAGGCAGCGGAGAGCUUUCGCCAGGAGAGAGAGGGACUCACCCAGGCUGCCUGGACUGAGGAGAAGGUGAGAGGCUUGGAGCAAUCUUACCAGGAGCAGCUGCUGAGCCUGGAGGAGAAGCAUGCUCUAGAGAAAGAAGAGCUGAGGGAAGAGCUCUUGGAACAUCACCGAAGGGAACUCCAGGAGGGAAGGGAAGAAAUGGAAACAGAGUGUAAUAGAAGAGUCUCUCAGAUAGAAGCCCAGUGCCGGGCUGACUGUGAGAAAGUCACUGAGCACUGUGAACAAACUCUGCAAAGCCUCGAGGUUCGCCACCGCCAGGAGCUGAGGGACCUCUUGGACCAGCACCUGGAGGAGAGGUCUCAGUGGGAGUUUGAGAAGGAUGAGCUUACACAAGAGUGCACAGAUGCCCAGGAGCAGCUGAAGGAGGUGCUCCAGAGGGAGAGGGCGACCGCUGCGGCCAUGAAGCAGGAACAGGAGAUACUGGAGAGGACAUACAAGGACCGUUUGAAUAUCCUGAGCAUGGAAAGAGAGCAGCUACUGCAAGACCUGAAAGACCUACAGAACGCAUCUGAGAGCCAGCACGGCCUCCCGUCUGACCAGAUACUUGAGCUGAAGAGAAGUCAGGAGAGAGAACUGAGGGAGCAAGGGCAGGCGCUAUGCCAGACGGGGGUCUCUGAGCAGCUGGCCAGCCAGCAGCUCAAAAGGCUCCGUGUAGAGCAUGAGCAAGAGAGGAGAGAAAUGAUGGGCAAGCUUGCCGCCCUGGAGAGCGCCCACAGAGCAAGCCGUGAGAGAACAGAUCAAGAGAAGGCAGAGAUGAGCACAGAAAUCCGCAGGCUUCAGAAUACAGUCAAGGACAUGCAGCAGGCAGCAUCUCUUUUGAUGCUUCAGGGUGGCUGCCAGGCAACAGCAGGGGAGGAGGCAGAAGGAGAUGAAGCCAUGUCCCUGCUUCAGCAAGGCGAGCAGCUGUUGGAAGAAAACGGAGAUGUCCUCAUCAGCCUGCAGAGAGCUCACGAGCGUGCAGUGAAGGAAAAUGCAAAGAUGGCUACUGAAAUUUCCCGAUUGCAGCAGAGGCUGAAGAAGUUAGAGCCGGGGUCGGUGAUCUCAUCUUGUUUGGAGGAGGGGACAUCUGAGAUUUCUGGAAGUUCCAGGGAACAAGUAGAACCCAUAAUGAAACAAGGUCCAGCUACCAAGCACUUCUUGAGCGACCUAGGAGACCACGAGGCCCGGGACCUGGGAAGUACCAGGACAAGCUCUGUUCAGAGGCAGGAGUGCAAAACCGAGGAGUCGGAAGCUUCCCUGGACUGCUUUUCUGAGCUUGAAAAUAGUGAAGACACCAGGACCGAGUCCGGGGACCUCAAGAGUCAGAUCAGCCAGCUUCGGGAGCAACUGACAGUCUUGCGGGCAGACUGUGAUCGGGCUUCCGAGAGGAAACAGGACCUGCUUUUCGAUAUCUCUGUGCUGAAAAAGAAACUGAAGAUGCUGGAGAGACUCCCGGAGGCGUCUUCCAGAUAUAAGGUAUUAUACGAGGAUGCCGCUCGAGAAAACGCCUGCCUCCAGGAGGAGCUGAGACUUGUAGAGACGCGCUACGAGGAGUCUCUGGACAGCAACAAAGAGCUCACUGCGGAGGUCUACAGGUUGCAGGAUGAGAUGAAGAAAAUGGAGGAGGUGAUGGAGACGUUCCUCAGCCUGGAGAAGAGUUACGAUGAGGUCAAAGUGGAAAAUGAGGAACUCAGUGCUCUGGUGUUGAGACUUCAAGGGAAGAUGGAGAAGGUGCUGGGAAGGGCCACCCUGCAGGGUGACAGCUACUCCCUCUGGGAAGCCCCUUCAGAAAACCUGGAGGUCGCCUCGGAUGAAAAGAUGCUUGAAUUCCAUCAGACUCCGAAAGAGUGUACACCCAAGGUCAUGAGCAUGCACCACAUCAUAGAAGAGUGUAGACAAGAAGCCCAGUGCUGUGACCAGGGAAGCACGCAGCUCCUAGCUAGAAUAAAAGCACACAAAAUCGCCUGGUUCCGCAGAGCAAUUCAGACACAUCCAGAAAAGCCUAGCGCGCAGAACCGAGUCAUCCCGGAGGGAAGUGCUGCUCUCCUAGGCCUACAAGACAAACAUCUUCAACAGGAGGCCACCAUCGCAGAGUUAGAACUAGAGAAGCAAAAGCUACAGGAGCUGACUAGAAAUCUGAGGGAGCGAGUCACUGCACUAGUUAGGCAAAAAGAUGCCCCUUCUCAAGGGGAGAAGGAGGAGGAGCUGAAGGCAAUGAUGCAGGACCUGCAGAUCACGUGCGGGGAGAUGCAGCACAAGGUUGAACUCCUGAGAUAUGAAUCUGAAAAGCUUCAAGAGGAAAAUUCUAUUUUGAGAAAUGAAAUUACUAGUUUAAAUGAAGAAGAUAGCAUCUCUAACCUGAAAUUGGAGGAAUUAAACGGCUCUCAGGAAGAAUUGUGGCAGAAAAUAGAAACCAUAGAGCAGGAAAAAGCUUCAAUUCAGACGAUGGUUGAAAAAUUAAAGAAACAGGUUUCAGAUUUAAAAAUCAAAAACCAACAGUUGGAUUCAGAAAAUAUAGAACUCAGCCAAAAGAACUCCCAAAACAAGGAAGAACUGAAAACCCUUAAUCAACGUCUGGCAGAAAUGCUGUGCCAGGAGGGGGAGCCAGGAACGUGCACCUCUGAGAAAUGGGAACAAGAGAAUGCAAGCCUCAAAGAAGAACUGGAUCACUACAAAGUGCAGACUUCCACUUUGGUGUCUUCUCUGGAGGCAGAACUUUCUGAAGUUAAACUGCAGACUCACGUCGUGGAGCAGGAAAACCUCCUUCUCAAAGAUGAACUGGAGAGACUGAAGCAACUGCACAGAUGUCCUGACCUCUCUGACUUCCAGCAAAAAAUGUCUAGCAUUCUAAGCUACAAUGAAAAACUGCUGAAGGAAAAAGAAGUUUUGAGUGAAGAGUUAAAGAGCUGUGCAGAUAAGCUGGCAGAGUCAAGCCUCUUAGAGCACAGAAUUGCUACAAUGAAGCAGGAGCAGAGCGCCUGGGAAGAGCAGAGCGAGAGCCUGAAGUCACAGCUGGCGGUGUCCCAGGCAAAGGUUCAGAACUUAGAAGAUGUCCUGCAGAAUGUCAACCUUCAGAUGGCCGAGAUUGAAUCAGAUCUCCAAGUGACUCGACAGGAAAAGGAGGCGCUAAAGCAGGAAGUGAUGUCAUUACACAGACAGCUUCAGAAUGCCAUUGAUAAGGACUGGGUCUCGGAAACAGCUCCCCAUCUCUCAGGGCUCUGGGGCCAGCAGAGAAGGCUGUCCUGGGACAAACUGGACCAUCUGAUGAAUGAGGAACCACAGCUGCUUUGUCAAGAAAGCAAGAGACUCCAGACUGUGGUACAGAAUACCCACACAGAUCUCACCCACUCCCGGGAGAAGGUCCGCCAACUGGAAUCCAACCUCCUUCCCACCAAAAACCAAAACCAACUCGACCAACCAUGUACUGUGAAGUCCACAGAACACGAAAAACUGGCCUUAAAGAGAGAGUGUGAACAGUCUCAGAAAGAACAAUCUCCUACCAGCAGGAAGGUGAGUCAGAUGGGGUCCCUUGAGCGAGGAUUAGAAACAAUCCAUUUGGAAAAUGAAGGUCUGAAGAAGAAACAGAUGCAGCCCCUGAGGUCCACUGUGAUGCUUAGCCCAUCCUCUCACUGGGAUCUGCAGUUGCUCCAGCAGCAAGCCUGUCCGAUGGUGCCCAGGGAGCAGUUUCUGCAGCUUCAACAACAGCUGCUGCAGGCAGAAAAGAGAAGCCAGCACCUGCAGGAGGAGCUUGAAAACAGAACCUCCGAAACCAACACACCACAGGGAAGCCAGGAACACCUCGUAAAUCUCAUGGAAGAACGAAUGAUAGAGGUUGAACAAAAACUAAAGCUGGUGAAGAGACUUCUUCAAGAAAAAGUAAAUCAGCUCAAAGAACAACUCUGCAAGAACACAAAAACAGAUGCCGUGGUGAAGGAUUUGUAUGUUGAAAAUGCCCAGUUGUUGAAAGCUCUGGAGAUGACUGAACAGCGCCAGAAGACAGCAGAAAAGAGAAAUUUCCUCCUAGAAGAGAAGAUUGCCAGCCUCAGUACCAUCGUCAGGAACCUGGCACCAGCACCACUGACUUCUAUGCCUCCUCUGAGGUCAUAGCCAGCCCAAAGGAUGCACACCAAAGGACGCACUUGCAUUUGUGCACUUUCCUGACACUAUUGGAACGUCUUAAUAGGCUCUCCGAACCCUCUAACUAAAAAUUUUCAGCGGCUUGAAAUCAAGCCUACCCGAAGUCUGCCAGCAAUGGAAUUGGAGGCUCCAAAUGGGUGCUUAUUGGAAUUUCACAAAUCACUAUUUAAAUUUCACUAUUUAAAUUACUCAUAAGCACUGAACUUUUAAAGUCUGUUCUGGAUAGCUACCAAGAAUGAAAUUAAGUUAAGAACCUUCAAGUCCUAGUUUUUAAUGUUUUAAAACUGCUAUUAUCUGUGUAUGCAAUCCAGGUUCCUUUUAAGUUUGAUAUCUAACUAAAGUGGUUAUUAUUAUAAUUGUUUUUGAAAACAUUUAAGUACUGAAAUCAUUCUGCUUACAAUACUUUAGUCUCUUUGAGUUCAUCGGCUGACUGCAGUUGUGUUCAGAGAAGGCUUGGCCAGUAGCUAGCCACCCAGUAGCUAGCCACCGAGAUCAGAGAAGUGCAAGUUCUAUAAAACUCUGACUUCUGGUUCCAGUUCUUGCUACUCUUGCUGUACAACAGAUUCAGCUGCACUCUUAGCUAAGGAUAAAGCCUUACUUUCUUUAAACAGCCCUUUCCCCUCCUCCUAAAGCUUCUGUUUGGGACCCCGUCUUUUAAAAAACAUUGUUAAAACUGCACUCUUAGCAUUACUGAACUAUAGUGAGCCUACGGACAGACCGACCACUUUGGAGUAAAAAGCCACUCUUGAAAGAAGAUCACGUGGAGCGCGGUGGAUGUAGUUUCGUCUCUCCCAAGCCUUGGAGUUCGUGACAUACCUUUGAGUUUGUAUCAAAAGCUCAGGGAACGAUUUUUAAACUGUCUUCCUGAACUGUUUGCUGCCUGGCCUAAGCUGUGUACUGACAUCAUUCUGCUUACAAUACUUUAGUCUCUUUGAAUUCAUCGGCUGGCUGCAGUUCUGUUCAGAGAAGGCUUGGCCAGAGAUGUGUAAACCACACCACCUUUUUUGUCUUAUAUAUUAACAGCCAUAGACUUUUUACUUCUACAUUUUAGUGCACUUAGUUAUCUGAAAAGGCCUUGACUGUAGAGUUAAAAACCUCUCCUACUUAUGAAGAGUUUUUACUGUUUGUUUAAUACAGGUCAAGAAUUCCGUGCUUCUGACCUUUUGAUACCUCAUAUAUCAGAACUUAUGAAUUUCAUACUGUGGAGAACAUUGGCUAUCAAGGGUAAAGGGGAGAAAUUAGAGUUUCACUUUACAAGGGGUACAAGAGAAAAGAAAACCGCUGUGUUUGGGAAGGGACACAAGCCAAGUCAGGCUGAGAAGUCACAUGACUGUGAGGAACUCUUGAGCCAUUUCCACCAUGACUCUUUGGGAUUCUUUGGGACCCAACGAUCCAGACCCACCAGCACAGAGCUCCCUCUACCAAGUGUGACACACUGUCUGUGCCCCAGUAGUUCACACUGGAUUUGCACUGCUAGGCCUAUCAGAAGAUUCUGAUUUCCCACUGGGGAAAGAAUCAAUCUUUCCCUCUAAUCAUACAUCUAAAUAAAUCAUACAUACUGGUAUUAUGCCUCCUCUAAAUCUUUCUACUCAGUACUUGUAUUAGCUUUAGCAGAGAACUGUGGCGAGGCCUAGACUCAGGUCAGAGGUAAACUGUGUCGUAUGAAGUGGUCCUGUGAGAUGCUUCAGGUUCUGAAGGUCAGUUUCACUGGAACUAAACAGCAAGCACAUUUCUCCAACAGCUGCCUGCCAUGGGGCCUUGUUUGUGUGCUUCUUAAUUUUAUUUUAUAUUAUAAAACAUAUAGGUUGGUGUUUCUUAUACAUUUGUAUUUAUGUGUACAUAAAGAGCUGUACAAUGGCUGUAAAUAGGAUUUUUGGAAAAGUUCAUUUAGAAUUAUUUCACCCAAAAUCAAAAUGCUGCUUUAGUAAAAUGUUAAUUUCUUGCUUUACCCCACUUACUGAAUAGGGGGGGAAGAUCAAUAUGAGAAAUGUCUAUAGAUAUCUUAAACUUUAUACAUUCAUGCAGCAGUUUAUAUUUUAGAAAUCUUUCAGCAAAGAAUUUAACUGCCAUGUAGAAUAUAGCUUAAAGCUUUAAAAACAUCAAAUGUAAAAUCCUACAAUUAUGUGUUGAUUCGACUUUCAGACUUUCUUCCCAGUGGCGCUCUCCAAAAUCACAAGUUAUGUGUUUUAUGGCCAUAGCUACUUUUUCUUUUUCUUUUCUUUUCUUUUUUUUUUUUUGUUUUUUUUAAGCACUGGGUUUAGACUCUAAGACAUUGCUGGGAAGUGCUCCAUUGCCCUGUCUGCUGUCUUCUCAUUUUUAAAGGCCUUACUCUGUUGUUUCCCCUAAGGGGAGAAAGGAUUUAUUUUAUCCAAAGGCCUUUUCUCCUAAAGCAAGUUUGUGAGGGGAGAGAAGUCUGUGUGGUUUAGGAUGAAGAACAGUAUUUUCAUUUGUUUUCAAAAGCUCUAAUUUCAGCUAAGCUGUUUUAAAUGUGAAUCCCUCCUUGAAACUGCAAUGUGCUAUUUGUAUAUUUGACUAUCAUCAUGUUUUAUAUAAACAGAUUAUGAAAGACAUCUUACAGGUCUAGAGUUUCAGUAAUAAAUCAAUAUUCAGGGCAGGUAUUGAGAAUUUUUUUUUUAUAAAAAGAAAUAACUAAGGCUUCUUGGCAAAUUUUUUUUUAACAUGUGGAAAAUAAAUGUGUGCUUUCCCCCUUUUACUUCACUGAGUAAAGAAAAAGAGAGCACUGCUAUUGCCAGCAUCUCUUAAAGGCAUUCCCAGUCACAAAAGUCUGAGUCCAGUGUUAAUCAGGUCCUGUUCUGAAUGGGUUGCCUGCAAUGGUAUAGCAUUCCAGUGAGUCAUUAGCCAAGCCAAAAACUGGGUCAAAGCCUAAGGAGCUGGAAAGUCAGUCAGGAGAGCGUGGCUGCCCCCACUUGAACAUCUUAGCACUGUGAGGAUGGAGUUUCAGGCAGCUGGAUAGCUAUUUAAUAGCAAAUUAAAGUUGUGCUUUUUCAUUUUUCUUUUUUUUUUGGAUGAUGCAAGGUAAGUUUAUUCUCAUUGUGAGAACAUUACCAUAACACGACUUAAAGGAAUAUUGGUGAAAAACAAAACAAACCAAUUAAAACCCAAAAGUAAAACCAAGAUUAACUGGAGUUAAUCUAGAACCCACCCCAGAAUUGUUUUCUGUUCAAGAUUAAUGUGAAUAUGUUUAUAUUGGUUUUGUAAUUUCACUUUAGUCACUGUAUCCCAGAAAGAGUUUAAUGUGAGUUUAAAAUGUAAAUAAAUAAUUUUGCAAACAUG